CAUUUCCGCACUCAGUGACGUCACGUCAGAGGGGCGUGGUGUUCGGAAGCGUGACCCGGGAAGAUGGCGGCGCCCUUGUCUCAGCAGCUGGAGAGUUUGUUAAACCCUCAGCCCCGGUUCUGGGAUCCUGAGGAUGACCCCGAUGAAGUUACUGCUGCUAAGGUUAUCGACAAGUUUGAUGAAGGUGGAAUUGAAGAUGAUGAUGAUGGUGUAAUUCUAGGAAACCUAAAGAAGAACACAGUAACCUUCCUUUCUGAUACAGAUAAAAAGUACUUAGGAAAAGCUACAUCUCGAAAAGACUUAAAAGCCGAAUUGGGAGAGGACUCUUUUUCAGAAAAUUCUGACGAAGAUUUAUCCCUUGAAGAUGAGUCCUAUGAUAAUGCUGAAAACAUUUUAAGAAGUUAUGAAGAUGAUGGGACAGGUGAAGAAGCCGACUCGGAGGGAGAGGAGGAGGAUGAUGAAGAGGAGGAUGAUGAUGAGAGUGCUAUUAACAGCACACAACAGGAUACUGAUGAAGAUGAAACUGCUAGCCAGAAUGACAUGGAAGGGUCAGAAUCUCAAGAUGAUACCCUACAGACGUUCUCUAAAGAGAAGGCAUCAGCAGAUGUUGCUAAAGGACAAGGAAUUAAGAACCAAAUAGCUAUUUGGGAUCAACUUUUGGAAGGGCGAAUAAAAUUACAGAAAGUGCUUCUUACAGCUAACCAGCUUCCACAACAUGACAUGUUUGCGGCGUUCAAGAAAGAAGGAGGAGCCGAGUUCUUAGCACCACUAACAAAAAGCUACAAAGCACUAAAGGAAUUAAUGAGAUCUCUGGUACAGUUGCAAGAUGAACUUUUCUUCCAGUUUCCUGAAACACGCUACCUGAUAGAUGGAAAGAAAUGCAAAGCAGAUAGUGAUGAGGAAAUCCCAAGUGAUGAUGAUGAUGAGCUGGAAAAGGAAGAUUUGGUAUUAGAAAAAAAUAACCGCCCUCCUAAGCGAAAGCUGGAAGUUAAGGAUUAUCCUGAAUUCAUGACAAAGCGCUUUGCAGGUUUCCGAACAUACAGGAAUAAUACUUUACAAAAAUGGCAUGACAAGACAAAGCUUACUGGUAAAAUAGGCAAGGGGUCUGCUGGUUCUGAGCGUUCCAUAUUGACACAGAUCGAGCAGAUUAUAGUGGACAAGGAGAGAUUACUAAGGCGCACACAGACUAAACGCUCACUAUACAGGAUCCUAGGAAAAUCACGACAGGAUUCAGAGCCUGAACCGGAGUGUGUUCCUGAUGAAAAAAUGGAAGUUCUGACAGAAGGGAAGUCAAAUUCUCAGCCUAAAGAAUUUGAUGAAGAGAUUUUUGAUGAUGAUGAUUUCUAUCACCAGUUACUGCGGGAAUUGAUAGAGCGUAAGACAACCUCUUUAGAUCCCAAUGACCAAGUGGCCAUGGGAAGGCAGUGGCUUGCCAUUCAGAAGCUGAGAAGCAAGAUUAAGAAGAAAGUAGACACCAAAGCAAGCAAAGGGAGAAAAGUAAGGUACCAUGUUCAUAACAAGUUGGUUAGCUUCAUGGCUCCUAUUGGCUACAGCACAAUGAAUGAUGAGGCCAGGACUGAACUGUACCAGUCAUUAUUCGGACAAAUAAAGCAUUCAGAAACUGAAGGGAGAAUAUGAGCACGAAGGUUAACGCUGGAGGCCUGAGGAAGAAUACUUUUUGUUUUCUUUUUUAAUAUACACACAUUGUUUUGACCCCCAACCACUGUAAAGUAAAUUGAUAUUAGGAUUGUUCUGAAUGGCUUCUCUGCAUUUAUUUAAACUAAUAAUGACAAUGUUUUUGGUCUACAGGUUGAAAGUGACAUAACAUUUGUCAGGAUAUCCUGUGAUGGAAAUCAUUCUAUGUAUGGGCUGACAUUAUGAUUAAUAAUAAUCGAGAAAAUAUCAAAAUAUUUCUCAGUUUCACAUUUUAAAGGCAAAAUCCAUGUUAGGUCUGUCCACACUAGCUGUUUCAUCUACAUUAUGGGGAUGUUCACAAGGUUACAAAAACUAUGUAUGUAAACCGCCUGAAAAACAGCUCUCCAAAUCAUCAGCGUUGUUUUUACACGAUUUUCAAAUUACAGAUGUUCUUGUAUGCUCUUUUGAUCAGGCAAUUUUCUAACAUGUCACCUCUGUUUUUCAGCACUGGUUUUCAUGCUGUUUUGAGCAUUCCCCAAUGGGAGCUGAAAACCACAAAUUUUUUAGGCUUUUUUAGCACGUGUGAACUAAAUCUUUCUAUUCUAUUCCAUCUUUUUUAAAGCAUUGUUGGACAUCAUAGGUUGGGGUAGGAUAUCCCACUAAAGGGUAUCACUAGGGUACCACUUAAUAGAUCUAACACAGUACAUAAAUACUUAAUUCCAGUGGUGUGUCUAGGCAUCUGGCAUCUGACUUGUCCAGGCAUAGUCCACAGAACAAGAACCUGUUCUCCAAAUCAGAUUUUGAUCCCUCAUGUUGAUCUUUCACUAAGAACACUAUUGUCAAUAUGGCAGCCAUAUUAGUAGGAAUAAGUACAAUAAUGUGGUAAGCUAUAGCACUUAACAAAUUUGUAUUCAUUUUGUUAUAGGAUGGGACUUGAAUCUGUAAUUCAAGCACAAAUAAUGUAAUGUGAAUCUGGGCUAAAAAGACAACGUUUUGUUUGCCUACCCAUGCCACCAGAUGUUAGGCGUUCACAUCAUGUUCAGUGCCUGUUCUACAUUCGGCACACUCAACGAGGUGGCAGUGGCCAGUUGAUCUACAUGAUUGCUGUGCAAAACCAGAUACUUAGCUUGUGGCUAUUUAUGCGGCAGUUCCAGUUGCAAAAAAAGUAUGUUGUGUAAAAAUACAUAUGACACAAGCUGUAAUGCUUACACACUUUGUUUAUAUGCAUUACUACAGUUUAUUUUAUUAAAGAAGAUGGGGACCAUAGCAGAUUUUUCUAUGGGUGUCCAUGCAUUAUAGCUGUAGCCCAGGUUCAUUGACAUAGAAUAGUGUAUAAUAUUUUAAAACCAGUGGGAAAAGAGCCAUUGAAAGGUCCACACUGAUUACUUUUCACUGGACCAUCUCUUUAAGAUUAUUUAGCAAAGCCAUUACUAUUGCCCAUAGGCUUCAUCAACAGUAUAAUAUCCAAAGAUUGAAAGUGUUAUGUAAUAUUAUGUUAUGUAUUCAUAGCAUUUUCCCUAAACCAAUUUUUCACCCUUUUAUUAAGAUGCUGUGCAGUUUUCUUCACCUGUAUAAAUGAAUAUGAAGUAUCUUGUACCUGCUGUCCUGUGCCAGGAAUAGUGAUAAAUAAAAAUGAGUCCACGUCA